AUGACGCCCCAUGAGGACACCACCACAACCACAACCAAGGGGCUCUCCGACUUGGUUCCCCAGGGCAACGGUGUCUAUGCGUCCCCCUUCGACCACCCCCACACUGUCAACACCGCCGUCCAAAAGGUCUCUGAAGGCACCCAAACCACACCCAAACCAACAGCAACUUCCCCUCCACUAUCAAAGAUCCCUUCCACUUCCCCUUCAUCAACAAAGACUCAUUCACCACUGCCUCCUCUCCCCUCUCACCCCCACUCGCGUCAACACCCUUCUUCACCCCCUCCCUCUCCUCCACAGCCACCUGCACUUCAGAACAACAACAACAAUAACAAGGACGCGGACGACCCUGUGCCCUUGUCCCCAUUGCCCCAAGUUCAGCCCAACGGAACCAACGGAAUCUAUUCCGACCCAGGCUCUUUCCAGCUGGAACCACCCCUCCAGCAGCGACAGCCCGCGUCCGAAACCCAACCUAUGACGAUCGCCGCCUCAUUGACACCAGAUAAAAAAGUACCCGCGCCAGCAGCAACAGGACUGGGAGCACAAGAGUCGCCAGCAUCGUUGGGAUCCCUUCCUGCCCCAGACCAACAACAGCAACAGCUACAACAGCAGCAGAAGCAGCAGGAACAAGGCGCCGUUCUCUCUCCUACAUCAACUAAUGACACGGACUAUUACUACACGUUGGCGACUCCUGUCCAAGGAGUGCCACCUGCAGCUUCUCUCACCGAGCGUCACCCUGCUGCUGCUACCGCCCCCACUCCCCUUGCCUCCCCCGUGCACGUCGCUGUUACUAUCCCCAUCACCGCCGAUGUCUAUGUCAAUGCCAACGCCAACAUAAGCGACAAUAACAGCACUGUCACCAGUACUCCUCCUCGUUCCUCACACCCAGCCGAGUCCAUCGAUACGCCCUCCAUCGUCUCCUAUCACUCUUACCAUUACGCCCCUCCAGGCGUGGAGUCACCACAUUCUCACCCUCUCAUCGUAUCAUCUGAACAUACCGUGCCAAGCCUACCUACCUCCCCUUCUGUUCCUCGUUCGUUUGCCUCUAUGGAGCAAGAGCAACUAAUCUUGUCCCAGCAUCAGCAACAACUAAAGCAACUUCAGCAAGAGCCCCAGAACUCCUACCACGAGCCUCAAGAUCAACAACAGCCAAUCGUAUACCAACAACAACCACCUGUAGUGGAGAUUGUCCAGAAUGACUUCCUGCUGCAGCAGGGGCAAUCACAACCCCAAGGACAAAGACAAGUCCAGAUGCAGGAGGGGCAACCACAACGACCACAAUUGAUACCCACGACUCCUCAAAGCUCAGGAGAUAUUGGCCCCAUGGUCCCUCCCAAAUCUCCUGGUACUCCCUUUGGUCCCCCUGCUCGUGCAUCCACCAUGGAUGUGUGCCGAAUUCGUCCUGGAUCGCAGCUCUUGGCCGAAUCGGCUGUACGAUCACAGCAGCAACCUGACUCACCUCAAGGGGAGUCCUCCAGUCGGGCUCGCCAUCGACAGAUCUAUCGACGCAACACCUACUCUGCUGAUCUUGGGUCGACCUCCUUCCGCCGAUCAGACGAUGAGAUGGAGAUGGAUGAACUUGAGGAAGCUAAGCGGCGCAUGGAGGCAUUGAAGAAGAGCAGCAGUCGGCGCAUGUCCAAGCGGAAAAAGGAUGAAGACAACGACCGCGUCAUGAUUGGUACCCGUAUUGGAGAAGAUCAUGUCAAUUAUGUUCUCAUGUACAACAUGUUGACGGGCAUUCGAGUCAGCGUCUCUCGCUGCAACGCAAAACCACAACGGAUGUUGGUGGACGAAGACUUUACCGCUGCUCAUAAGCUGGCCUUUGACAUCACCGGUAACGAGUUGACGCCAUCGUCAAAGUAUGAUUUCAAGUUCAAGGACUAUGCACCCUGGGUCUUUCGUCAUCUACGAGAGGACUUUCACAUUGAUGCAUCAGAUUACUUGGUUUCGUUGACGAGCAAGUACAUCCUAUCGGAGCUGGGUUCGCCCGGCAAGAGUGGCAGUUUCUUCUACUUUUCUCAGGACUAUCGCUUCAUCAUCAAAACCAUCCACCACGCCGAGCACAAGUUUAUGAGAAAAAUCCUCAAAGACUACUUUAACCAUGUCAAGCAGAACCCUCACACUCUUCUAUGCCGCUUCUUCGGACUUCAUCGUGUCAAACUACCCCAUGGACGCAAGAUUCACUUUGUGGUCAUGGGCAAUGUGUUCCCACCCAACAGGGAUAUUCACGAGACCUACGACUUGAAGGGCUCUACGUUAGGACGUGCUAUCAGUGAUGAGGAACUUGCCAACAAUCCCCGUGCGACACAGAAGGAUCUCAAUUGGGUCAACAGGAACAGGAAGCUGGAACUAGGGCCAGAGAAGCGACAUUUGUUUGUCGAACAGAUCAAGCGGGAUGUUGAGCUGUUAUCGCGUCUCAACAUUAUGGACUACAGUCUGUUGAUUGGAAUCCAUGACAUUGAGCGAGGAAACAAGGACAACAUCCGCGACAACACUCUCAAAGUCUUCCACCCGGAUACGUCGAAGCCAUUGGCGAGGGAGACGACGAGAAAGGACAAGCGAGUGAGCAAAGUGAAUGCGUUGAGGAAGGCGGUGAAGGUGUCGGACCCACAGGCACUUGGACCAACAACCCUCCCAUCGGAUUCGUUUUCGGAACGGCGGCACUUCAUUUUUUACGCAGACGACGGCGGUCUGCUGUCUACCAACGAGCAGAACGAGCAGGGCGAGGAUCUCUACUACCUCGGCAUCAUUGACAUCCUGACACCCUACAACUAUGUCAAGAAGAUUGAGCACGCCUGGAAAAGUCUCAGUCAAGACAAGCAUGCUAUAUCGGCGGUGAAUCCAAGAGAGUACGCGUCGCGGUUUUUGAGUUUCAUGAUCCAUGCGAUCAAGGUUAAUCAUGACGUGAUGGCGGCCUUGCAACAGAGUAGUCAACACCACAGCCAUCCCCAUUCCGAAUAA